AUGGAACAAUGUAGGGAGGCCAUAAGAUUCUAUGCAGUUUCAAGUGUUAGGCCACUGAGAUGGGUGAAGAAUGACCCUCACAAGGUUAGGGUGGUGUGUGGAAGUGGAGGAAAGGUUGAACAAAAAGGUUUAGGAAAAAGAAAGGCAGAAAACAAUAAACAAAAAUGUGUAAAUGCUGAAGAUGAUGUAGGAGAAGAAAAUGGAGAAAAAGAUGGAAAAAAGGGUAAAGAAAAAGGUAAAGAAAAUAGGGAUGUCAACUGUGAUUGGUUGCUAUAUGCAUCUUAUCUGGGCAAAAGGCAUACCACUAGGAUCAAGACAUAUCAACCAAAGCAUUCCUGUAGAAGGAUGCAGAAAACCAAGUUUGCCACUUCUUAUUGGCUUGCUCAAAGGUUUAAUGAGGAUUUGAGAGAUAAUCCUAAUAUGUCUGUGUCAAAUUUCAUGAAGAUCGUGAGGAAGAAUUAUGGCAUAGAUAUCACUGCAAACCAGUUUUACAAAGCCAAAAGCAUAGCUAGAGAAAGAAUACAUGGAAGUAUUGAAGAACAGUACGCAAAAUUGUGGGAUUACUGUGAAGAGUUGAAGACAAACAAUCCAGGCAGCACUAUAUUAAUCAAGACUGAUUUGCGUGGGGACAACCCAGUGUUUAAAAUAAUAGAUAUAUGUUUUGGUGCAUUGAAAAAGGGCUUCAUUGCAGGAUGCAUGCCAGUUGUGGGUUUCGAUGGUUGUCAUGUGAAGAGAACUCAUCCAAGACAGAUUUUAUCUGUAGGUGGUAUUGAUGCGAAUAAUGGGAUGUACCCUAUCGCAUUUGUUGUGGUUGAAGUGGAAAAUACCAAGACUUGGACAUGGUUUAUGGAGAUUUUUUUUGCUGAUGUUGAGUGUGAAAAUGGUAAUGGUUGGGUGUUCAUGUCAGAUAAGCAAAAGGGAUUAGGGCAAGCCAUUAGGGAUUUGAUGCACACUGUUGAACAUAGGCAUUGUGUUAGACACCUCCACAAUAAUUUCAAGAUUGCUGGUCACAGUGGACUAGCAUUGAAGCAAAGAUUGUGGGUAGCAGCUAGAUCAACUACAAUACCUACAUUUGAAGCUGAAAUGGAGAAGAUGUUAUCUCAAUCAUAUGCAGCUUACAGGUGGCUUUAG